UAAAUUUUGGUUCCAGUCUUUUGAGGAACCGCGUUGGUCGAACAGAGGACAAAAAGUAUUAGUAUCUCGUAUAUACCACGUUCGUGAUUUUCACUGGACCUUCGAAAAACUGAAUCGCACUCAAACCGACUUCGAGAAUUUAUCAGUCUUCAUAAAAUUCCGACGAGGUUUCUGAAACACUAAGUUUGAGUCUACCAACUCCAACGUUGAUAAAUUAUUUCGAGCGCUUGUGUCUCCAAUUUCAACAGACAUAUCUGGUCAUAGUGUUGUCAAAACGACCAGGAACUCAAAUCUUACAAAAGACACAUGUGUUUUCAAUCAACAUGUACACCCUUACGUCCUACUCCCUAACGUAUAAACCGUUGCUAUGACUCUACCACCUUUCUUUAAUAAACAGUCAAUCAAGCCUUUGUACACAUGCAGCCUUCUUCUUGAGCAUACCUGUUAACCUUCGAGGACCAAGAGAAUGAGAAUAAGUCAGAAAUGAAAUCAGUGGUUUGGUAUUCAAACAAAGAUAAGGCAUCUCUCGCUUAUCGCUCUUAUCUUUGCGCCAAAAGUGUCACAACAACGGAGAAAAUGGGAAAAGUCAUUUGUCAUCGGCAAUUGUGGAUGGUGUUUGUUGUGUUUAGUUUGAUGGCAUUAAUCAGCAUCUUGCAAUAUGAUGUGCCUGGGAACAAUGUGGACCUUGAUCAAGUGAAAGAAGCCUUGAUAGACGGAAUAUUCUUGAAGGAUAAAUCAGGGUACAAAUGCCAAGAAGUGAUCGAAAUUGGGUCAUUGAUUGACAAGUUUGAAAGUGUCGGCAAUCCGUGCGUGGAAAAGUUCAAGAGGAUCUUUCAAGUGGAAGUGCUCCAUGGGAAAUUAAAAGUGACGGAUUCCUUCAAGCACAUUGUCCAAAUCUGGUUGGGCGGGAAACGCGAUUUAUAUCAACAAUUUCUGGACCAAACAAUCCUUCGGAUCACCAACCGGUUCACUCAUCUGACCACUGUAUUCAAUCCUCUCAGGGCUGCCAGACCUCUUCCAAAAUACGAUGUGGAUCCGCUCGUCUAUGCCAAGCAAAUUAUCAACCGAACGAAAACCGGAUGCAAUUUUUGCGAUUUCGAGCAUCUGACAGUACGGGAACAUUUUGGGUCCCUGGAGACCAAGUUGGUGGCCUUGGCAUCGAAUGCUUUCAAGCUGAGCGAUUACCAUGCAUUGAUCAUUCCCAAGAACCAUAAUGUCUUGGCCCUGACUAAGCAAACAAUCAACGAAUCUCUGUCGUUAGCUCAAGAGUGGUUUGGGCGAGUGCACUUGGAUGUGCCAGAUCAGACACAUCCUCAUCUGUUGUUUGACGCCAUGCCUCAUGCCGGUGCCAGCCAAGUCCAUCCACAUUUCCACGCUUUCUUGGGGAAACGUGGCUAUUUAGGGCAAUUCAAUCUCUUGGCAGCGGCCUCGAAAGGUUAUGAGGUCCAAUUUCCCUCCCACUCAUUCAUUCUUGAUCUCAUUCAAUCUCAUUUUGAUCUGAAUCUGGGCGUGCAAGUUGGAUCAGCCUACAUGAUAGCCUCGAUGGACGCUCACAAGGACCACGAGAUCUUGAUUGUUGGCCCAAAUUUUGGACCCGACUUUGUGGAAGCCUUUCACACGGUUUACUUAGCUUUCCGAGAUGUGUUGGGUAUUUACUGCUUCAGCUCCGCCUUGGUUGGACCACCUUUGGUUGCCUCUACAGAAAGUGCUUCUCUUCCUGCCAUGUUGAAAAUCGGUGCUCGUGGCAACUGCCAGUCUUCCGUCAAUGAUGUCUCGUCUUUGGAGCUAUACAUGCUUUAUAAUGUUAAUACUGAUCCCUAUCAAACUAUUCGGGCUGUGCGUCAAAUAAGAAAUCGACAAGUGGUGUAAA